AUGUCAUCAACACAAACAGUCCCAGCCCGCCGCUGCGCUGCAACAGUUGUACGUGCCAACCAGAGGAUCAAGAUCAUCAAUACCUAUGGCAACCAAGUCGUCGACACCUGGGUCUUCGCACUCCCCUGGACCGCCAUAGGCACCACUUCUUCACGCCUGGAGGCGCCUCUCUAUCCUGCCGCCUCAGCCGCCUCCUCGUCUUCGUACUCCACAGCUGCAAACCGCGCCGCCGCGAGGCCAGAAUUCAUGUCCAUGUCGCACUGCUGCGCAAAGCUGCUAAAACCCAUACCCGGAGUCGGCGACACGCUGGUCAACCAGAAACGCGCGCCUCUUGUCAAGCUGAUCGAAGACACAAGCCCUGGCACUCACGACACUUUGAUCGCAGCUGCGGGAGACUCAGAGGAAGGUGAGAUCCUGGCUGGGCUACAGACGAGAAUGGGUGGGAGGGUGCCGGAUCUGUUUAAGCUGUUCAGGAAUAUACCCGUCACGCAGGAGGGAGAGGGCGCAAGGAGACGGAUUAGCUUCGAGGCGCCAGUCACCAAGGCGAUGUAUCAUGUGGUAUUCGAGGCGCUGAGAGACGUGGUGGUCGUUAUGAGCGCUUGUCCGCAGGACAUGCUCGAAAUCAAUGGGAAGAAGCCGGUCAAUGCGCACUUCAAGGUGUACUGAGAUCGAUCUCUGACUUGAUGGAGUUUCGAUCGAAUUCCAGACAUUUCACUACCAUAGCUCACAUUCAUUUCCGUUUCAACCACAACAAUCUGACUGCCUGGCUAAUGACAGGCUGAUACUUCU